UCUGGUCUUGAGGAGCAGCGGACACCACCAUUGGAGCCACUCUCCUUUCCCUUCCUUGAAUGACGCAGCCAAGCAUGCCUGUGGUAUCUGCAAACACAGAUCUACACGAGACAUUGGCCCUGCUCACCUCUCAGCUACACCCUGGUGCCAACCAUGAGGAGGACCUGGUCUUCCUCAAAGAUGUCUUCAGUGAGAAGAGCCUCUGCUACCUCAUGAAGGUGGGCGUGUCUUCUCCUGCAAGCAAAAAGACUUCUGUUGCUUUGCUUGAACUCUACACAGAUCAAAUGCAUACAAAAAUGAGGGCAGGUUCCACUGUGCUAAUUAAGUCAAACUCUCAGAUUCAUGAGAAACUGAAGCAGUACAAAAAGCAGAGCCCCACGCCGGUCCUGCACAACGCCUCCUGGCUGGCGGAGCAUCUAACAGAAGAACUACAGAACAGGCUUCUCGAGGAGAAGGAGGGGAAAGAGCUGCUGCUUCUCUUGAAUGCCCCUCACAUCAAGGCUAUGCUGUCGACCCACGACACGGUGGCCCAGAAGAAUUUUGACCCGGUGCUGCCUCCCUUGCCAGAAGAUGUGGAGAACGAGCCAGAGGAGGAGUCGGUGAAGAUCGUCCGACUGGUGAAGCACAAGGAGCCUCUGGGUGCGACCAUCAGGCGAGACGAGGCAACCGGCGCAGUCAUCGUGGCGCGGAUCAUGAGGGGAGGAGCGGCCCACCGUAGUGGUCUGGUGCACGUGGGGGACGAGUUGCGGGAGCUCAAUGGCAGCCUGAUAAGCCACAAAAGGCCGGAUGAAAUAAGUCACAUUCUGUCCAAGUCGCAAGGCUCCAUCACAUUGAAAAUCAUCCCAGCCGUCAUCGAAGAAGACAAGCUGAAAGAAAGCAGGGUCUACCUACGGGCUUUGUUUGACUACGUGCCCCUUGAGGACCGAGCUACGCCCUGUCAGGAGGCGGGGCUUCCUUUUAAACGCGGCGACAUCCUUCAGGUGGUGAGCCAGGAAGACGCCACUUGGUGGCAGGCCAAGAAAGUGGGCGACUGCAACCUGCGCGCCGCGCUGAUCCCCUCGGCGCACUUCCAGGAGAGGCGCCUGAGGUACCGCCUGAAGACCGGCUCCUUCCCGUCCAUCGCGGCAACAUACGAGCGACACGACCGAGACAACAGUGACCUUGAGGGAAAAGAUGUUGCUGGCCAGCGCAGAAGUUUCCGUCUCAAGAGAGAGCAGCAGAACUCAUUGGUUGAGCCUUGCACCCCCGACGGCAAUCACAUCGAUUUCCUGAUCUACGAGGAAGUGACGCUUUAUCUGCCUGGAGACAGGCCUCGCCUUGUCGUGCUGCUCGGAUCUCUGGGAAGUCGCAUCGCCGAGCUCAAACAGAAGGUGAUCGCAGACAAUCCCAGACUUUACGGAUUGGCCGUGCCUCACACCACACGACCCAGGAAGAGUCAUGAGCGCGAGGGAGUGGAGUAUCACUUCAUCACCAGAACGUCUUUUGAGGCCGGCAUCCACGAUGGCAAGUUCAUUGAAUACGGCGAGUAUAAGGAGAAUUUAUAUGGCACCAGUUUGGAGUCCAUUCACAGAAUUCUGCUUCAAAAUAAAAUUUGCCUUGUGGACGUGCAGCCUGAGGCAUUGAAGGUUCUUCGCGCGCCGGCUUUCAAGCCCUACGUCAUCUUUGUGAGACCUUCUGUCUUGGACAGCGAGAAGAAGUCUCUCAGCUCCUGCUCCUCGCUCGUCAGUGUCGCCGUCACGGAGCAGGACCUGAUGGACAUGAGACAGUCGGCAGAGCGGCUAGAGCAGCGCUACGGCCACUGGCUGGAUUACGUGCUGGUAAAGGAGGAUCCGCUCAGUGCCAUGGCAGAGCUCCAUGCCGUGCUGGAGCGGGUACGACUGGAGCCCCAGUGGGUGCCCGUGUCCUGGCUGAGGACGUCCUAGACCUUAAACCUGAACCUGCUGCCAACACCACUGUGUCAAGAUUUUUCUUCAACUUGCUGCAAGUGCCAAAUAAAUCCACUUUUGUGUUGGUUAACAUGCACAGAGUCCAUUCACAGCGGCAGCUACUUGUCUGAUAUUUGUUUGCUGUUGAUAAUAAAACUUUUCAAAUGAA